AUGUGGACAGUAUUCGGUUUAUCAGGUUAUCAUACAUCAUUAAUAUGUCGAGGAUUUUCAACUCAUGAAGAUAUACGUCAUUUCCCACGUAUUGUCAAACAAGCUGGUCAUAAAAAUCCUUAUUCACAUAAAAAUAUGUUCUACAAUUAUGUUUAUACACUUUGUGGUCCACAAAUGCCUAGCCUUUUACGCGGUUGGCGAAAAGUUGGCGAAGAUGCUUGGCCAGUCGGUGCUAAAGAAUUGGAUUCCUCUUCGAAUGAACAUAUUCGUGAUUCCACUGACAAUCCAUCGAAUGUAUCUUCUGUCAUUAGUAAACAUAAUCCACCUAUUCCCUUACCUAUCGAUAUGUUAAAUAAUAGAAAUGCUUUUCAUUACAAUUCCUCAUAUGAUUGGUCACCUUAUCUCUCAGAAUCACCACAAAUUCCAAUUAUUCGUCAAGAUGAAUCAUCCGAUAUUUAG